AUGCCUCACACCUGUGACAUUUGCGCUGCGGUCAUUGGCCGCAAGUAUGACCUUGAGCACCGACAUGCUCGGAUACAUACUGGUGAAGCUCACUGGCAUGAACAUUUUUGCGCGUACCAUGAUUGUCCACGAAGCACCCAUGGUUUCUCACAGAAGGGUAAUCUAAAUGCCCAUGUCAAUUCUCGGCAUGCACAGGGCGCUGAAAAGCGUUGGUAUACUUGUCGUCGUGAAGGAUGUACCAAGACCUUUGCGGAUGCUUCCGUUCGUAUUAGACAUGAGAAGAAUGCGAGGGCACAUAGCACUCAGUUUGCUCAGUGGUGUGCAACAGAUCAGGCCACUCAUACGACACAAGAGAGCACCGGGGACGCAACGGUGUCGAGGCAAGUCUCAGGACUACAUGCUCAGGGCUACAAAACAGCAGGCUCAAGUAAUAUGCGGCAAGACGUCAAUCCUGGACAGGCAAUGCGCCCACCUUCCUCCAAUCAAGUCGCCCAAGCCCUUUUGCCUCAUUUCCAGGCUUUCCAGUUCGCCACCUCAUCUACUAUUCCAGACAGCUCUGAAGUGGAUGGCUUCGUGCCAGCCCUGCAGCCAGGACCGGGCUUCGACAGACGAAGCUCUUCAGUAACGACCUUCCAGUCAUCUACACUAGUCUUGCCAUAUGGCCAAGACCUACCGUCACGAACUCAAGCAGCUAUAAAGCCUGAUCCUGAAGAAGAAUACUUGUAUCCUCAAACUCAGACAGGCACUAGUGUUACGUAUGAAUCACCUUUUACUGGGGACUCAGACAUCAACAUCAACCAAUGGUCACCUUCAAGUCCGACUACUAGAGAUGGACUAUCUACUGCUACAAUACGCCAUGACUUGCCAGAGCAGCCACAGUCGCCAAGAGCAGGUCCAGGGCCCAGCUCAUCCUCAAAUCUGGCUUCUAGUUCCUUUGAUUAUCACCAGUGGGAUAGGUACUGA